ACCGCACGCUCGGGGACGUCCUGUGCGUGUAGACGCCUGUUGGGCACCGAGAGACGGACUUGCCGGCGAGAUGAGCGGCGGAGAGAUCAUCCUCCAGGGUUGGCUGAGGAAGUCGCCGCCGGAGAGGAAACUGCGGAGAUACGCAUGGAAGAAGCGUUGGUUCAUUUUGCGCAGCGGGCGCAUGAGCGGUGACCCUGACGUGCUGGAGUACUACAAGAACGACCACUCCAAGAAGCCCAUCCGGGUCAUCGACUUGCAUUGCUGCGAGCAGGUGGACGCCGGACUGACCUUUAAGAGGAAGGAGUUCCAGGACAGCUUCGUGUUUGACAUCAAGACUUCAGACCGCACCUUCUACCUGGUGGCCGAGACUGAGGAGGAGAUGAACAAGUGGGUGCGCGCCAUUUGCCAGUUGUGCGGAUUCAACCAGUCAGACGAUAACAACCAUGAUGUCCGACUUCAACAUAUGCCACGCUCUGUAGGUCCCGAGGUCUCCUGCUCGGCGGCCCCUCUGAGCGCCGUCGGUGGCAAGUUGUCUGCGCCGGUCCACUCUAGCCAACCGGUCCUCUUCACCUUCGACGUACCCGUGCGCCACUCGCACCACAGCGCCCUGUCCAACAGCGCGCCGCAGGACUACCUCCUCCUGCACCAGUGCGUGAGCAGGAAGACUGAGAGCGCACGGAGCGCCAGUUUCUCCCAAGCCAUGAGAGGCAACGUGUUCUUGGGCAGCGACUCAACUGUCCAGAAGUUGUCGCACGGCUUCUCUCACUGUCUGAAUGGGAUGGGCGCUCAGCUGCACGGCUUCUACAGUCUCCCCAAGCCCGGCAAGCACCACCUGCCGGCCGCGCCCGAUGACUCCCCCCAGGAGGGCUGCUACGUGCUUCCUCGCGGCGCCCCGUCCGACACAGACUUGGAGAACGAGGAAGUGUACACCUUCCAGACACCAUGCAACGCCCUGGCCGCCGAGCGGGCUAGCGACAACUACGACCUCCCCACCCCACCCGGUUCUUUCUACCAAAUACCGCGGACGUUUGAUAAGAACCACAACGCAUUGACGCCCUCCAGUUCAGAGUCGUCCUGUGCGCCCCCGCCCAGGCCGCCAAAGCCAGGCUCGGACGGACAGUGGGGGAGUCCGUACUCCCAGAACGGGGAAGCUUCGGCGGCGGUGUCGGUCAUCCCAAGAAGGAAUACGCUGCCUGCUGUGGAAAACAUCAGGCUGCACAGAGGCUCUUCCUUCGAAACAAGCAGCCAUCAGCGUCCUAUCCAUUUCAACAACUCGGGUCAGUCCGUCGAAUCAGUCAAUGACGGCUUCAGCUCAUACCUUAGAACCCGAACUUCACUUACCCGCUCGGACAGCGGCAACUCUGACGACAACUACGUCCCCAUGAAUCCAGGGUCGUCGCCACUUAGCGCGGCCCAGGCGGACAGUCCCAAGAACAUGUAUAUCCCCAUGAGCCCCGGUCCGCACCACUUCGACUUCCCGGGCUUCUCGGCGACGCUACCUACCCGUAAAGGGAGCAGUGCUUCCCUUUGCCACCGGCCCGGACGUCUAAGCGACGUCACGCCCCCUCCCAUCAAUCGGAAUCUGAAGCCUAACAGGAAGUCCAAGCCAACACCUCUGGAUCUAAAGAACAAUGGCUUCAUUGACGAGCUGCCAUUCAAAAGCCCGGUCACCAUGUCCUGGACACGGCCCAUGCCCGCCAUGAAUUCCAUGUCGUCGCAGCGUUGUCGUCCCAUCUCCACGCAAAGCAUCACCAGCACUGACUCUGCAGACAGCGAGGAGAACUAUGUGGCCAUGCACAACCCAGCGUCUACCUCCCCGGCCGUGAGCAGCACCAGCAGUCCGGCCCUUCGCAAGAGUGGCAACGUGGACUACCUCGCACUGGACUUCCAGCCCGGGUCGCCAAGUGCGCACAGAAAGCCGUCGACGUCGUCUGUAACAUCUGAUGAGAAAGUGGACUAUGUUCUGGUGGAUAAGGAGAAAACGCAGGCCCUGCAGAAUACCAUGCAGGAGUGGACUGAUGUGCGCCAGUCUACUGAGCCCACCAAGGGGGUCAAGUCUUGACACUGGGUACAUGUUUUUUGUAGGGGCUUGGAAUGUUUGGACCACAAAAAAGCCAUAAUUCACAGUAUCUAUGCCUGUGCUCGGCCAUAAAAGAUAGCUUUUUUUCAAUGAACCAAAUAUCAUAAAUAAAAAUACCCUGGCCCCCGCUAUAGGCGUAGGGACAGUGAAAAGAAAAAAAAAAAACAGCAAGUAAUUAAAUUUUGUAAUUGAAACCGUAAAUACACCACAAACUGUGAUCCAGAAACUAUCAUUUCAAAGUCAUUUCGCAAGAUUAACUUUAAAGUUACAGUGGUACUUCAAGAUACGGAAUUAAUUCAUUCCAAAGUUGCUUUUGUAUCAUGGUUUUUUUCUUAUAAUGAAUUACGUUUUAAGCAGGAAGCAGGAACUUAUGGCACUGUCAUGUCCUCUGAUUGCCUGUCUUUGUUAAUUAUUUGUCACCCCGUAGUGGUGCUUAAGUGUAAUGAAUUUGUGAGGUUUCAGCUCAUUCUACAGACGUUAUCACACGACUACUCAAGCUCAUAGUAAAAUGUGCUAAAAGAUUAACUAACUUUGGCAGCCUUUGCCUUUUUGCAGUUCUUGCCAUUUCAUCUCAGUGUUUGUUCCUUGAAACACCAUUGCUUGUAAGUUAUAUUCUUUUGAUGCACAUGAGCAUUGUGUAGCAGAUUGUAGUGUGUAUAUUUCUUUUGUUUACAUUUGUGUUCAAACGUAUUUGCAUUAUCACAUUGCUGCAAGCAAGAACUAUCUAUUACAGUACGUUUCAUAAUAUAAAAGAGGAAAAGCUUCAAAAAAAAUUUCGUGUUCCGAAGCUUCCGUGUCUCGAAGUACCACUGUAAAAGCUGACUGAUGUCUCUCAUGCGAAAUCUACCGCCUGACUUUCCUUUCUUUUCAUCUUGGGCAAUAUACAGUGGGGCAAAUAGGUAUUUAGUCAACCACCAAUUGUGCAAGUUCUCCUACUU